AUGACCACUCCCCACCGCACCGCCAACUCCACCAUCAGCCCUCAAACCCCCUCACUACAACCUCCAAACACGCCAGCUGCGCCGUCCCAAACCGCCAAAAUGGUCGACAUCGUCCCCCUGAGCAGCUACCCCUCCUACAUCGACCUCCUCCCCUCAAUCCAAACCUGCAACAUAACAAACCUCCCCGAGAAUUACUUCCUAAAAUACUACCUGUACCACGCCCUCACCUGGCCGCAGCUAAGCUUCGUCGCCGUCGUGCGCCCGCGCGGAGGAUACAAACAGAACUCCACAGGCCCCGGAAUCGCAGGAAAUGUCUCGGGCGAGUACCCCAAGGUCGUUGGAUAUGUUCUCGCGAAGAUGGAGGAGGAACCUGCGGAUGGAAACCCCCAUGGUCAUAUUACCAGUCUGAGUGUUAUGCGCACGCAUAGACGGUUGGGAAUUGCGGAGAGAUUGAUGAAGAUGAGUCAACGCGCAAUGGCCGAAUCCCACCGCGCGCAUUUCGUCUCUUUGCACGUGCGUAUGUCGAACAUUGCCGCGCUGCACCUGUACCGCGAUACGCUUGGCUUUGAGGUCGAGAAGGUUGAGGAUGGAUACUAUGCCGAUGGCGAGGAUGCGUAUGCUAUGCGCUUGAAUCUUAAGAGCAUGUGGCUUGACUGGAAGGCUAUUGAGAAGCGGGACAAGGAGAAUAAUACGAAGAAGAAUGGAGAGGAUGAGGGGAAUCAGGAUGAAGGGGAGGAGGUUGGGGAUCUUGGGAAGAAGGAUGCAGAGAAGAUGAUUCGGGUUAAGGUUGGGAGGGGACUUGGGGUUGGUGAUUUGGUUGAGAAGAAUGAGGCUACCAAGGCUUAG